AUGAAGAACAGCACGCCCAAGUCAGCGCAUAAAGACUCGAAGAAGAUGCACGGGAAAAAACAUUCACUCAGCCCCCCGGAGAGUCCCCGAAGCAAAGUCCAGAAGCGACUCGAAGCAGCGGUCGCAUCAAAGAAUUCAUCUGCGAACGAAGUCAGUACCAAGAAACCCAUCAAGCUUAUGCUAAGAGGAGCUCCUCCGAAACCCCAACAAGAGACUCAAAUGGAAGACGCUUCUGCCCCGGACGCCGAAAAGAUCCUACCAACAUUCUGUAGAUCCGACGUCCUUGAGAUCGCUACUGCAGCCCAAAACACCACUGCCGAUCAAUGGGAAGAGUUCAAACCCAAGCUUCUCAGCAUGCUGGAUCAACUGCAACCAGAUCCGACACCCAAGCAAUCGGAAGCAGCCGUGGCACGUCUCCAGUCGGCGAUUUCUAUUAUUGGACAAGAGAGGUCCUUAAUUCCUGCUGAGGCAUGGAAAGAGUACGAAGAGAAACUCAUCAACAAGGCAAAGGACGGAGAUUUCGAUGCGGAUUGGAACACACGACUGUCCAAGAUUGGCAAGAUCAUCUGGCAGGAAGAAGAACUGGUUGCGAUGGAAAGCAGAAACUGGGAUCGACUUCGUGCUGCCGCCCGCGCCUGGACCAUUCUCGCCGAGGUAACUGGUCCUAUGGGUGAUGAACAGCGUUCGAACGAAUGGCUGCUCCAGAAGCUUGGGGACGUUGACUUUCAAGAGAGGCUGUUUGCGUGCCGAGACCGACUUGUGGCCAUAGAAGGCCCUGCGGCUAGUGAGGAUCAGUGA